AUGCCCGCCUCUGCCGUGAGUGGCCCAAAGCAGACCAUUCCUCGAGCCCCAAAGUGGGAACAUGGUCCAGCCAAACAGUUUUGCUGCAUGCAGGACUCGUAUGAGCUGGUGGUGACCUCGCCCAAAGUUGGCGACCUGUGCGCGGGCUCUAGCUAUGCCACGGACGCUGGGUUCUUGGAGCCUCCCCUGGUGACAUGGCAGCCGACAAAUGACCUCUUUUGCUUGAUCAUCCGAUGCGUCUCGGAGCAGAAAGAGCACUGCGCCUGGCUGGUGGCCAACAUCCCCGGUGAGGACCUGGAGCCUGGCCGGUUCGGACUGGCGGGCAACUGCGAGGCGGUGGGCCGCGGACAGGAGCUUCUGGCAUACGAGCUCCCCUCGCAGUUCGAUGUCUUUAGCGCCCUGCUCUUCAGCCAGCCUGCCUGGCUUGAGGCCAAAAACUUUGACAGGGACUUGGACUUGGAGAACUUGAGCACGCAGUGCCGGCUGCGGCGGCUUGCGUGCCUGGACGUGCGAGUGGGGGCUGACACGGACUAUGCGCAGCCCAUGCACAAGCCCAAGGCGUUCAGCUCCGGAGGAACUCUGAUCCAGAGCGGCCCGCAAACGCUUACGGCAGCUCUCGAAAAGACAGCCGCUUCUUAUCCCGACCGUGGGCUGACGCUUUACAGUGCGGACGGCACCGAACGCCUGACUUUCGCUCAGCUCCUGGAACAGGCGCAGAAGAUCUCUGCCGGGCUUUGCUUCGAGAAGAUUGGACAAGCUUCCUCCGGCCCAUGCUCUGCCGUCCUGCAGGUGCCGCCCUUGGCCCUUCACUUCCCAUGCUUCUGGGGAUGCUUGCUCUCGGGAACGCGGCCGGUAACAGUCGCCAUCCCUCCGGACUAUUCUGACAAGCGCCACGCAGUGUGCAGCAAGUUGUGCAAUGUGUGGCACCUACUGGAGCAGCCUCCCAUCAUCACGGUGGUGGCCCAUCUCGAGAAGGUCCGGCUCUUGAACUUGAGUGCGCAGCUCAUCUCAGUGGAAAGGCUUUUGGAGACCGAGACGGAAUCUUGGAGAUGGCAACCUCAGCCUCCUGACGUAGCAUUCUACCAGCUCAGCAGCGGCUCCACCGGCGUGCCAAAGUGCAUCCAGAUCGCCCACCGAGGGGUUGUGGCGCACAUCCAGGGGGAAGCGCAGUUCUGCGGAUUUGGGCCGGCAGACGUCCACGUGAACUUCUUACCCUUGGACCACGUUGUUCCCAUUCUGACAGUGCACUGCUGCGAUGUGUUCCACGGGUGCGAAGAGGUCCAGGCGGAGGUGGGCUACGUCUUGGCGGAGCCUUUGCGGUGGCUGCAUCUGGUGGACCAGCACCGGGCCACGAGGACCUGGGCGCCCAAUUUCGCGUUUAAGCUGGUGGCAGAUGCUCUGCAGAAAGAGCUGGACAAGGAGCUGGACAUAGACCUGUCCUGCUGCAAGUUUUGGAUGAACGCUGGGGAGCAGGUCACCAUCCCUGUCUGCGAAGCCUUCUUGGAGCAGACUGCCAGAUAUGGGGUGCCGCGGAAUUCCAUGCAACCGUCCUUUGGCAUGGCCGAGGCUUGCACGUGCAUGACCUACAACAACGACUUUGCAGCUGCCGCCGCCAGCCGCCUGGGCCGCUCAGCUUUUGUGAACCUGGGGCCUCCUGUGCCUGGCAUUGAGAUCCGCAUCGCGAGCGAGGAGGGCGAGACCUUGGCGGAGGAAGAGGUGGGCCGCUUUCAGAUUCGAGGACCAGUGAUUACGCCUGGCUAUCUCAACAAUGCGGAGGCCAAUAGAGAAGCCUUUGUGGAAGGGGGCGAUUGGUUCAACACCGGGGACGUUGGCUUCAUCAAAGCUGGGUGCCUUUACCUCACUGGCAGGGAGAAAGAGAUGAUCAUCAUCCGUGGUGCCAACUUUUAUUGCUACGAGGUUGAGGAUGUGGUGAAUGCCAUCGACCAAGUCACGCCGACCUUCACGGCGGCGGUGUCUACUCAUGACCCCGCCGCAGGCACGGAAGGUCUGGCGAUAUUCUUCGUGCCUCGCGCGGCGGACUUGGAAGAGGUGGGCCGCCAGAUCCGCACCAAGCUCGUGCGCCACAUGGGGCUGGCACCAAGCACAGCCCUCGAGGCAUCUCACAGCCGACAAACGCGGCAUGUUUGCGACGAUGCGCAGCCGGGGCAGAGCCAAGGCGAAGCUGAUCGUUGUGUGCUGAGCAAAGCAAGGGCAUUGGCUUUGCAGAAUGAGCUGCUUGCCGCCUUCUCUUCCGCGCGCUUCCAGAAGAAGCUGAACGAACUAGAUCGAGCCAGUGCCCCAUGGCCCUGCCCAUACCCCUCGCAAUCCUCGGCAAUCCUUGCACUUUUGCACUUUUGGCUUGCGCGCGCCAGGAAUGCGAUGUGA